AUGCAGUCCAUGCCAUUGCUGCUCAGGCAGUCACUCCGGUCCAGCUUCCAGGGUCUUAGCCGCACUACUACUACUACCACCUCCUCCCGCCCGCUGCGAAGACCGCUGCUACGACUACUGCCCGCCGGUGUCGUCCCGCAGGCUCUUUAUCCUGGCCGAGAGACAACAACACCCCGGAGCUUCUCGACCUGCCUGCAACAUCAAUUCCGGACGCAAACCUCGGUGUACUCGUCAAAUGAAUCGGAGAAGAAACAAGACAACCCACAUGUUGAGUCGGAUGCGGGGAGAGACAGUCCCGCCGCGGCCGCGGCCGCUGCUGCUCCUACAGAGGAACAGACGCCAACGACCGCUGGGCCUGAAGCAGCGGAGCCAGAGGGAAAGAAACAGGAAGACCAUGCUGGCGCAGACGCCGCGGGAUCUGGGUCGCAGCCCGGGGGUCUCCCAUCCUACCUGGAGAACCGACGGUCGCAAUUCGCCAAACAGUUCAGCGUCGUGAUGGACAACCUCCAAUCGAACAUCUUCGUGGCCGGGCAGCGACUGAACGACCUGACGGGCUACUCCGCGAUUGAGGCAUUGAAGAAGGACAUCCAGUUCCAAGAGGAACGACUUCGAGCCGCCCGCCUGCAAGUCCGCACCGCCAAGGACACCUACGCCGCCGCCAUCAACAACCGAUCGACCUCGCAGCGCGAGGUCAACGAGCUCCUGCAGCGCAAGCACGCCUGGUCGGCCGCCGACCUGGAGCGGUUCACCCACCUGUACCGCAACGACCACACCAACGAAGUGGCCGAGAACGAAGCGCAGCAGGCCCUGACCGCGGCGGAGCACGAGGCCGAGGAGGCCGCCGCCCAGCUGAACAAGAGCAUCCUGUCGCGCUACCACGAGGAGCAGGUCUGGUCGGACAAGAUCCGCCGCAUGAGCACCUGGGGCACCUGGGGCCUGAUGGGGGUCAACGUGCUCCUGUUCCUGAUCUUCCAGAUCGCCGUGGAACCCUGGCGCCGCAAGCGGCUGGUCAAGGGCUUCGAGGAGAAGGUCAUCGAGGCCAUUGAGAAGGAAAAGACCCUGAACCAGGCGCAGAUCCUGAACCUGCAGACCGAAUUCUCCCAGCAGAUGGCAUCCGCCACGGCCAACAGGGCGGAAUCCGAGCCUGUUGCUGCUGCUGCUGACCCCGUAGCAACCUCAGCAGGUGCCUCAACAGAACAGGCCACCACCGCCAUCGCCGCCAGCGAAGCUAUCCCGAACGAGCAAGAGACCAACCCAGCCCUCCCGGCGUCCGCUCCGGUACCGCCCGAGACCGAAACCCAGGCCGCACCUCCCGCCUCAAACAACAACACCAACAACAACAAACUACAAAAUGUCCUCCAGGCCUGCAAAACCCACUACUCCCGCAUCCCUCCCUACGCAACCCUCAUCGAAUCCUCGCGUCGCUAUCUCCGAGACCUCUUCAGUGAUCGGCAGAUCACCAUGACCCAGCGAGAUCACUCUGUCCUUGCCAUCCAGAGCGCUGCCGCUGGUGCAGCUGUCAUCGGGCUGCUAGCGUUCUUCAUUCGUCCACAGUGA